GCUUUGAUCUAUGUCCCAGCUGUUUCCAACUGCCUGCAAGGAAUUCAUGAUCACAUGACCCUGGAUAUGGAUGUCGUCUUGUCGGAUUUUGUUCGCUCAACGGGGGCAGAGCCAGGACUGGCCAGAGACCUACUUGAAGGUAAAAACUGGGACGUGAAUGCAGCUCUAAGUGACUUUGAACAGCUGAGGCAAGUGCACGCUGGGAACCUGCCGCAUUCCUUCAAUGAAGGGCGUACCUUUAAACCUCUGGAAAAAGAAGCCGCCCGACCCAUGCGGCCACCACUCCAGCGACAGGAUGACCUCAUUCAAGAGAAACGUCUGUCUCGGGGCAUUUCCCACGCUAGCUCCACCAUUGUCUCUUUGGCCCGCUCCCACGUCUCUAGCAAUGGUAGCAGUGAACAUCUGCUGGAGAUGCCCAUUUGCACUUUCCAGUUACCUGAUCUCACCGUGUACACUGAGGAAUUUCGCAGCUUCAUUGAGCGGGAUCUCAUUGAGCAGUCUAUGCUGGUAGCAUUGGAACAGGCUGGUCGCCUAAACUGGUGGGCUAAUGUUGAUCCCAGCUGCCAAAGGCUACUUCCUUUGGCGACAACAGGUGAUGGGAACUGCCUGCUUCAUGCUGCCUCCCUGGGUAUGUGGGGCUUCCACGAUAGAGAUCUCAUGCUUCGCAAAUCGCUGUAUACCUUAAUGGAUAAAGGUGUGGAAAGGGAAGCUCUUAAGCGACGGUGGCGAUGGCAGCAAACUCAGCAGAACAAAGAGUCUGGCCUUGUUUACACAGAAGAGGAGUGGCAAAAGGAGUGGAACGAACUAAUCAAACUUGCAUCCAGUGAGCCGCGUAUGCAUUAUGGUACAAAUGGAGGCAGCUGUGGAGGGUAAGUGGACAACAACUGUACAAAGAUGUGUUAACAGCUGGAGGAGUUCCACGUCUUUGUUCUUGCCCAUGUGUUGAAGAGGCCUGUUGUGGUAGUGGCAGAUACGAUGCUGCGAGAUUCUGGUGGGGAAGCAUUUGCUCCUAUACCGUUUGGAGGUAUUUAUCUGCCCCUGGAAGUUCCUGCCAACAAAUGUCAUCGCUCUCCUUUGGUAUUGGCAUAUGAUCAAGCCCAUUUUUCUGCACUAGUAUCCAUGGAGCAGAAGGAACCUACAAAAGAUCAAGCUGUGAUCCCUCUGACCGACUCGGAACACAAACUGCUGCCUGUGCACUUCGCUGUGGAUCCUGGGAAAGAAUGGGAAUGGGGCAAAGAUGACAGUGACAAUGUCAAGCUAGCGAGUGUGACGCUGUCGUUGGAAGCAAAACUACAUUUGCUGCACAGUUACAUGAAUGUUAAGUGGAUCACCUUGCCCUGUGAAAUGCAGGCCCCUCUCGCCCAGCCAGAAUCCCCGACUGCUUCUGCCGGCGACGAUGCCCGUUCAGCUGCGGAGUCCGGGGAGUCGGACAAGGAAUCUGUCUGCAGUAGCUCCACAAGCAACGGCGGCAGUAAGAGCAGUAAGGAGAAGGAGAAACCCAAGCGAGAGCGGGAGAAGGACAAAGACAAGGAGAAAGAGAAGAAACGGGCAGACUCAGUGGCUAAUAAGCUGGGCAGCUUUGGGAAGACUUUGGGAAGUAAGCUAAAAAAGAACAUGGGAGGCCUGAUGCACAGUAAAACUGCCAAAGGCGGCGUGAACAACGGGCAGGGGGAAACCUUGGAGAAGAAGAAGAAAGGCUCCCUGAAGUCGAGGAAAGGCAGCAAAGAGGAAACUUCCCAAGGGGAUUUGUCGACCUCUACUGAGAGAACCUGCCCCAACCAAGCGACCGUGGAGAAGCAGCCAGAUGGCUACAAAUACAGCAACGACGUCAAGCUUAGCCUGAGCAUCCUGCGGGCCGCCAUGCAGGGCGAGCGGAAGUUUAUCUUCGCUGGCCACCUCAAGACCAGCAACCGGCACCAGUACCAGGAAGAGAUGAUCCAGAGGUACCUGUCGGACGCCGAGGAGCGCUUCUUGGCCGAGCAGAAGCAAAAGGAGGCGGAGAAGAAAGCCCUGGGGAACGGCGGAGCCGCCAAGAAGCUGGAGCCGGAGGCUAAUCUUCACAAAGGCGAGGAGGGGCUCCUGCACCCGUCCUACCCCCAGUUGCCUCCGAUGUACGGUGUCCAGAGCCCGGAGGUUGCCAUGGGUGCAAAAAUGACUGCUUUCCCUUCCAGCUACUCAGGAGUCUUCACCAUUCCCCGGCCUGCUGUGGCCAACAGUGUAGAAGGCGGCCAUCCCCCCAGCUAUCAAGAUACCAGGAGACAGCUAGCAGGGGGCCCCUGCAGCAGCCUUCCUCCCUAUGCUACCUUACCUAGACAUUGCACUCAGGGGCGGCCUCAUCCAUACCAAACCAGCCCUUCCCACCUGGGGAGGCUCUCCCCCACAGAAAUGGAUGUCCCCCCCCACUACCCCGUGGAGUGCGAUGGUCCUACCUGCGUGUCCCCUCACAGCAACGGCUACAGGGAAUCCCCGGAGCAGGACAGCUUGCAGAAGGCAGCAAACGGGGACAAAAGCAAAAGCCGGAUACUUUAUAACGUUCCUCAGACCAAAUGCAAGCAGCCGAACUGCAGUUUUUACGGGCACCCGGAAACCGGGAAUUUCUGCUCCUGCUGUUACAAAGAGGAACUGAAACGCAAAGAAAGGGAACGAGAAGCACUAAUACACAGGUUCUGAAGAGUCUGGCUAGCGCUGACAUUGGGACCCAUGGAGGAUGGGGGAAUGCAAUAAUUUUUUUCCAUGUUCCUCUCUCCCUCUUCAAAGGAGAGUAGGGCUGGGGUGGCCAAUGUGAUUCCACUACAGUGUUGUAGUGGGGAUCCAUUGACAAGGAGGGAAAACCCAAACCUUUCCUUCCAGGAGACUCUGAAAGGGAGGGGAAUGCUAUCAAACCGGUUUCUUCUGGCAAGGGGUGACUAAGGUUAGCAAGCCACUGGAGGAGGCAUGCUUAGGUCAGAGCACAGGAAGUGAGACACCAGGUUCUUAAAAUGAUCCAAUCAACAAGACCAAAGCGUUGUCAAGGCACAUGGAGAAGACUGUGACUGGGUCCUUUCCGUUGGAUUCCAACUUAAACUAAUUUAAAAGAGCUUUUCCGAGGAGUUAGCAAAGCAGCCCAGCAAUUUUAGUUUAAAGAUCAUGAACCUUUUUAAUAAGAGAUUUUAAUGUUGUUUUUAUUCCUUGCUGGUACUGAAAAGAUUUCAAGUUGGCCAUAGAGUAUUUCAGGGGCAUGGCUCGGAGGGAGGGGCUGCACCUCAAGACCUAUCUCCUUCCUAGUUUUUCUGAGCAUGCCUCUUAGCAGCAGGUUCAGGACUCUACCGUUGCGAUGGGCUCAGCUCUGUUUUUUAAAUUUUAUUUUUUAACUUUUUGUGGGGGUGGGAGGGCGGCAGGACAGAUUAUUGGCGUUUUUCUUACAGAAGUACUGUGCAAACCCAUUCUGCUCCCGAUACAGUCAAACCUCCUUAGUAAGAAUCCGUGGGAAAGUGAAGUCCGUGUCUCCACCCAGCAAUAACCAUCGGUGUGGGGAAGUUGGAAAUAGAAAGGACGUAUCAAGCACCCUGCGGCACUGGAAGCUAAAUCCAUACCAGUUUGCUGCUAGUUUAACUCUCUCUCUCUCUCUCUCUCGCUCUCACUUGAUUUUUCUACUUGAGCAAGUUACUUCCAUACUACCUCUGUUCUGCUGAAUAGCAUUAAUUUGGCUCUGUUUUGUUGAGCCGUAGCUGAUCUUUGAACGAUAGGUAAUAUUAAAGAUAUUUUUGAUAAAAGAACUGUAAGUAAAAUAGAGCUAUUAUGUAAUUUUCCACACACUUUUAUUAUAUGGUUCCCAACUUUCCCUCGCCUGGCCCCUGGUGUGGACCGGUCCUUUAGUCCACAUGUUACUUUGCAGGGGAGCAUAACUUGAGCACUGUGUUUGCACAGACGUUUGUAACUGUCGAGCCCAAACUGGAAUUGUCUUCAUUCCAGGCUCGCACAGAGCAGGGUCGAAGAUUUGAAAGAAAAUUCAAAACUUCCCAACGUUCCCUCUUUGGUUUAAGAAGGCGUAACUAUGCAAUUACUUUCCAUUUUAAGUCUGCCCAUUGUCCUUAACUUGUGGGAAGGAGGGAGAGCGCAGCAAAGAAGGUGAUAAUACACUGCAAAAUGAACUUGGAGCCUUAUUCUCCUAUGCACACAGACUUUGUCUAGACCCACAAGUUGCACCAGUUGAAUGUGUAUUUUAAGAACCGAUACCUUGUCUAUAGGGAAAAGUUCAACCAGUUUCACUAAGGGGUGCUUUUAAAAUGGAUGGACUCUCUUCCAAUUAGGAAGCAGCUUCAGCUAAACCAAAAGAAGCUGCUCUUAAACCAAAAUAAAUGUCCACACAGGCGUUCGCACUGGUGUAACUCAACUGGUUUGUUAAAGCAGUGUAACAUUCUUGCGUAGAUAAGGCAUUCUCUGAACUUCUUUCUAAAGACUCCAGACCUGAGUGUCCACUCUCCCACCGGCUUGACUCAAUUGAUUUUUAAAUCACACCCUCGAUGAAACAGGUGCAGCUUUGUGGGUAAACCAUCGGAAACCCCUGUAUGCACCUGUGCCCAUGUAAAGGACUCUAAAGGUAGGGCAGCUGUAAUUGACAGAGACCACUUUACACUUGCAUGGUGCUAUGGCCAAGCCACAGGGUAACAGGUUAAUGCCCCAGGUGUUUAGAUUGUUCCAUUCUCAUCCUGAUCCCAGGCUGCCUCUUCCUCUCCCAGGCAUGGAAACAGCAGCUCCACGCUUGCAUUGUGUUUUUACUAUCCUUGGCUACAGCUGACCACAGUGGGAGGUGAGGGCUCUUAGACCCUGAUCCUGUAAAAUGCUUUCCUCAGAAAAACCUGGGUGGAAGGGGGGGGGAGGAAUGCUGGUAAAACAUCAGCCUUCCUUCCGUCUUCCUUCCUUGCCUAAAAGGGGAUUUUCUCCCACUCUGGGCUGAUUCCAGUAUGCCAUCACCAUUGUGCUGCCCCGACCCACCUGAUAAAGAAAGAUCGAGGUAAACCAGCAGCAUGCUGUAGGGGGGCAAUGGGAGCAGAUUUUUUUCCCCCUAAAAGUGCCUGGUGGUUUUGGUGCACCCUGCCAAGGCCUCAUUUUUGGAAGCACUUUCUCAGAAUCGGGCCCCUCUAAGGUCUCUUAAGUUGGUCUUAGGGACCCUAAAAUCGUUAGCUGCUUCAGAAAUUCUUAGCGCUACCGAAUGAAUUGAAAUGAAUCCUCCCGUUUUAGGGUAGCUGACACCCACACACUACUGCUAAUUUAAAAAUAACUGACUGGCUCGGAAGAUGCGAGCAACAAACACUGAAUCCGUUCUCUUGUCUAAACGAAAUUCAUUUGAAGUCCCUCGAGCAGUUGCCAUGAAGAUUGUCACUGCUCUUAUUUUAUUCUUUUUAAAACCGCUUAGCCGGGUGCUUUAAUCCUCCAGUUGCAGCACGCACUGACAGUGUAUUCUUAUUAAUGAAGUUUGACUGUAUUGUCAUCCCUCUGACGACUGUUUUGAACCCAGCUUGCUGUACUGUGGUGUGAAUGUAAACCUGUACAUAGUUGGUAGGAGUCUGAAAGAGUGAACGAGAAACAGUCAGACUCUCAUAUGCCAGGAUCCGAUUGCUCGGUAGUUUAGCAGACACGGCAGAAGUUUAACAGGUGAAGGGCAAGUUGCCUCAAACAUUUGUUUUCUCAUGUAACCCAGCUCUGCAAUUUUUGCACAAGAAUAACUCCCCUGAAUGACCCCGGGAGCUGAGACUGUAGGGACAGGGCUCUGACCAUAGGCUGCUGCUGUGUCGUCUGUUAUUAGACAGAGGUUUCUGUGGACUCUUACCUUUGCGGUCAGUUUCUGGCAUUUGCUUGUCUGCCGUUUUUUUUAUUGCAGUUUAGGGAUAGUUCAUAGCUUUUUUAAUCAAAGAAAAAAAUUGAACUUAAAGCAAAGUUAAGUUUCCAAUAAAAAAAAUUUGAAGAGUAUUUUUUCUAUAAACUACAGAGUUUCAACUAUUACCCUGAGUAUAACUGAUUCCAAAGCUUUCCCGCCUUAAUUAUGUCAUAAUGAAUUGACUAAUGGGUAUCUAUUGAAUUUCUUUGGAGCUGCUAGGAUUCUUUCAGGUCAUUUUUUGUUUCUUUAUAGUGCAAGUAUUUUUUUAAAAGGGAUGAAAUAGAAAUUUUAUAUUUAUUGAAAGACAGUAUUAACUAUUGGCUUUCCUUUGCAUAGACCUAACGAAUCGAUUUUCCCCUUCCUGUGGUGGGGCCGAAUAUUUUGCGGUACUUUAUUUUUUUAAGGGGGAUGGGAGCAGGUAGGGAGGGCAGCAGGAAGAAAGAGCAGCAGUGUGGACUCCAAAGCACCUUCAUUUUUAAAUGAGCAUCAAACACUCCGUUCUUCUGAGGAUCAAACGAGUGGAGAGGAAGACUUUCCCGUGUCUGUCAGCCCAGCAGAAUUCCCGUGGAUAUUAAUGGGGGCGAUGCGCACACACACUAGAAGCAGAACAGACCUCUGAAGGUUUGAUAAGAGAUGGGGGGAGUGGGAGGAUACAAUUUGAUUUGGUCUUAAAAUGCAUGCACUUAGUGGUGCAAUUGGAAGAAACUCUGCUUGCUGUUGGGACGUGAAUAUUCCUGUGCAGCCUCUAAUUCUGCACUGUCCUGACUCUUGAGACGCACUAGAGACUUUUUAAUAGGUUAAAAUGUGUAAUGAACUACUAAAGAGCAUUUUA